GUCGAGAUUUCCCUUUAGCAAGCAUGAGCGACUACAACGACGACAAGGCGCCCGAGUUCAUCUUCCCCGACUCGGUCAAGGGAUGGUUCCUCUCCAUGUCCAACGCCAUGAUCGCGGGCAACGUGACCGAGAUGGGCCGUCUCUACGACAAGGAGUUUGCGACCUUGACGGCCAACUACUUUAAGCAGUCGCCGUGGCCGGAGCCGGAUGUCGUCGGCCCGCUCGUGUACGACGACGCGGUCUUCAUGACGCUCUACACGCAGAUCUACUACCGCCACAUGUUCUCGAAGCUCCAGCCCACGAGCGAGUUCAAGCAGGCGAGCUGGGACAACUACUGCGCGAUCUUUGAUGGGAUCCUCGACGCGUCGCUCGAGCUCGAGGCGCUGCCGUCGCAGUGGCUCUUUGACAUUGUCGGCGAAUUCGUGUACCAGUACCAGUCGUUCUGCCAGUACCGCGCGAAGCAAGCCAACGCCGCCGACGUCAAGAGCUCCAUGUGGAACACCAAGGCCGUGCUCUCGUACCUCCAGCGCCUCGUCGCGAUCUCCAACAUCAAGGCUGUCCUCGCCGACCCGUCGCUCCCGGUUCCGAACGAGUCGGUCAAGGAGCUCGGCUACUUUGCACUCAUCUGCCUCUCGCGCGCCCACGUCCUCUUUGGCGAUUACUUUACCGCGCUCGCGAUCCUCAAGCCGAUCGACUUUUCCAAGCGCGACCAGCUCCACCAAAAGAGCUACAGCUGCAACGUCUCGGUCUACUACCACAUGGGCUUUGCCCAGCUCAUGCUCGGUGACGUCGCCGCGUCGAUCAAGUCGUUUGCCAAGAUCAUCCUCCAGGUCCACCGCAACCGGUCGUACUACUCCAAGUUUGCCGACUAUGACCAAGUCAACAAGCUCACGGAGAAGGCCCUCGCCUUGCUCAUGCUUGCGGCGCACCUCUGCCCGGGCUUUACGGUCGAAGACCAGAUCCACGCGCUCCUCCGCGAGAAGCUCUCUGACAAGCAGGCUGCGAUUCAGAAGGGGGACCUUGUCGUGCUUUCGGAUGUCUUUUCGUUCUCGGCGCCCAAGUUCAUUUUGCCGAGCGUGACGGCCGAGUCGGAGGAUGUGUCCAAGGAGGCCACCGCGCUCCAGCUCAAGCUCUUUCUGGCACUGGUCGAGCGCCACGCGGCGCUGCCGUCGCUCCGCUCGUACGUCAAGCUGUACCGGUCCCUGGACGUGGCCAAGCUCGCGCGCUUCCGCGGCGUCUCGGAAGCGUCGGUCCUCGCCGAGAUCAUGGCGUUCAAGCUCCACGCCGAGUCGCUCCAGUCGGACGUGCACUUUUACGUGGCCGACGGCCUCGUCAAGGUCGACGAACAGAAGCGCGAGCAGCGCACGGGCCAGUACUUUAUGACGCAAAUCGCCAAGUUGCAGCGGGUCGUGGACUCGUGCGCGACGACCGACUAGAGUUGUUUUAUAGUAGAGCUUAUCUCCUAAUUCCUUUUUUUCGCACCGG